AUGGAGUGGUCUCGAGGACCCGUAAUCGGCCGGGGAUCCACCGCCACCGUCUCCCUCGCCACCUCCACCGCCUCCGGCCACCUCCUCGCUCUCAAAUCCGCCGACCUCUCCCGGUCUCUGUUUCUGCAGAGGGAGCAGAGCAUCCUCUCCAACCUCAGCUCCCCUUACAUUGUCAAGUACGUCGGAUCCGGAGUCUCCCACGAGGACGGCGGCACGCCUACCUACAACCUCUGUAUGGAGUACGCCGCCGGCGGGACCCUGCGAGAUGAAAUUCGCCGGCGGGGAGGUCGGAUGGGAGAGGGUGAAAUCGGCGCGGUGGCUCGCCGGGUUCUUAAAGGGUUGGAGUACUUGCACGGGGAAGGUUUGGCGCAUUGCGACAUCAAGCCGCAGAACGUGCUGGUGGAUGAGGCGGCGGGGGGAGCUGUAAUUGGGGAUUUCGGGUGCGCGAAGUUUGUUGUUGAAGGUGGGUCUGAGGUGGUGGGAUUUUCCGGUACGCCGGCGUUUAUGGCGCCGGAGGUGGCGAGGGGGGAGGAGCAGGGGUUUGCGGCGGAUGUUUGGGCGGUGGGUUGUACUGUGAUUGAGAUGGCUACGGGGAGGAACCCGUGGGCGGAGCUGGGAGGAGAAGACGACCCUGUUUCUGCUCUGUACCGAAUUGGGUUUUCCGGCGAGAUUCCGGCGGUUCCGAGCUGGUUGUCCGAGGAAGCGUCGGAUUUCGUCGGGAAGUGUUUGGUGAGGGAUCCGAGGGAGCGGUGGAGUGCUAGGGGGCUGCUGGAUCACCCGUUCCUCCACGAAUCGGAAUCGAUUGAUGGAUUCAAGGAGGAGGCAGGGGAGAGGUCGCCGAGCUGCGUGCUGGAUCAGGGGUUUUGGGAUUCGCUGGACGACGGCGGAUUGGAUAGCUCAGAGGAUUUGACCGUUGAUGAAGCCUUCGGAUCGAGAAUUCCACCCGGUGAUAGGAUCAAGAGCUUAAUUACAUCAGCAUCGAAAUUUUCGGACUGGAGUUCUGAAGAAGAGGGUUGGAUCACAGUAAGAAGUAACGAGUCCGUGGAAAAAGAUGGCAUGUUGGUGGACAGCGAAUCAUCUUCUGUGGAACAAGACGCAGCAUCUCCGUUCUGGGAUUCUACGAUUCUUGAUUUGGAUCAGGAGGAUGAGAAGGAGGAGCUUGGAUGGUCGGAUGCAGAUGUAGAGUCGCCGGCGGCGGGAUUAGAAUUUGACUCCGUUGAUAACGUUAUUGUUACCAUUAGUAGUAGUGGAGAUGUUAAUUGUGUAGUUAAAACCCAAGUUGAUGAAAAUAGCAACAUUAAUGAUAAUUCAGAUUCUUCAACACCAAAAUCCUUGGUUGCUCCUCGAUCAUUCCCUGCAUCAUAUUCCUUUUUUCCCGAACGUACAAAAUCAAAGCUCAACAGUUGCAAAAACAGGGCAAACCCAAUAGCCCAAUCUUUGGCGUAUUGCUCUGUUUUGGUCGAAACAGAGGGAUCCCAUUAUCAUGUCACUUUGAAACACCAGCCAUAG